AUGCAGGCUGAACCAAUCCGUGUUGUGGUGACUGGCGCUGCUGGCCAGAUUGCCUACUCCCUGCUGUACAGCAUCGCCAAGGGAGAUGUGUUCGGGAAGGACCAGCCAAUCAUCUUGAUCCUGCUGGACAUCCCGCCCAUGCUGCCGGUGCUGGACGGAGUCGUCAUGGAGCUGCAGGACUGCGCCCUCCCACUGCUGAGGGAGGUGAUCCCCACUGACAAGGUGGAGGUCGGCUUCAAGGACAUCGACGCCGCCAUCCUGGUGGGCUCCAUGCCCAGGAAGGAGGGCAUGGAGAGGAAGGACCUGCUGAAGGCCAACGUGGCCAUCUUCAAGACCCAGGGAUCCGCCCUGGACAAAUUCGCCAAGAAGACCGUCAAGGUUCUGGUGGUUGGAAACCCGGCGAACACCAACUGUCUGAUCGCCUCCAAGUCCGCUCCGUCCAUCCCCAAAGAGAACUUCUCCUGCCUGACCCGCCUGGACCACAACAGAGCCAGCUCCCAGGUGGCGAUGCGCUGCAGCGUCUCCUCUGACAAAGUGAAGAACGUGAUCAUCUGGGGGAACCACUCCUCCACCCAGUACCCCGACGUGCACCACGCCAAGGUCAACGUGCACGGCAGCGAGGUCGCCGCCUACGACGCCGUGAAGGACGAGAGCUGGCUGCGAGGAGACUUCAUCUCUACGGUGCAGCAGCGCGGCGCCGCCGUCAUCAAGGCCAGGAAGCUGUCCAGCGCCAUGUCCGCCGCCAAGGCCAUCUGUGACCACAUGAGGGACAUCUGGUUCGGCACCAAAGAGGGUGAGUUCAUCUCCAUGGGCGUGUACGCUGCAGGAAACUCCUACGGCAUCCCGGAGGACCUCAUCUACUCGUUCCCCAUCGAGAUCAAGAACAAGACCUGGAAGAUCGUGGACGGACUCCCCAUCAACGACUUCUCCCGCGCCAAGAUGGACGCCACGGCGGCCGAGCUGGUGGAGGAGCGCGACACCGCCCUGGACUUCCUGUCCCAGUGACUGGCGCCCCCUGCUGGAGACGCCCGGCUGGCUCGCUGCUCGCGCCUCUGAACGAGGAGAAGAAGAAACCCUCCACUCUUAUUAACCGUCCCAGCUGGUGUCUGUGUGUCAGCUCCACCUGCGUGUGUGUGUGUGUGUGUGCGCGUGUGAGAGUGUGUGUGUGUGUGUGUCAGUGUGUGUGUGUGUGUGUCACUAGGCCAUUUCUUCUUUGGGUUUUCAGAAAACCUGUUCAAUGACCACAACCUGGCCUCCUCCGUCUGCAAGACAAUGUUGGUAGAUGAGAACACACACUAGCUGUCCAGAAACUGUAACGGAACCAGUUAUCACAAUAAACAACCAAGAAACUGA